AUGUCGUUCAGCUCCAGAGACACAGAGCUGUAUCGGGAGGACCAGAGAGCUGGCCACCGAUUGCUUCAAGCACAACAAAGGGAAGAACUAGCUAAACGCUACCUCCCGGAGACGUCUCGAUUUGGUGUUAGGAAAUUCUUUCGGCAGCAGCUCUACGAGUUCUCUUACGCAUUUAUCCAUGCCUUAUUCUCUGUCUACAUCCGAAUCCGCAUCGCAUACCACGCCAUCAUCCAUCGCAUAUGGUCCAUAUUACGGUACCACCAUCGAGAUCCACAGUACAUCAAGAAAGAUGUCGAGAAACUGAGCAGGAAACCCAACCAUGUCAGUGUCAUACUGACUUUGGAGAACGGAGGCAAACGGGGUGACGCCAUCGAGAAGCUCAUCAAUGAAGUAGCUGAUGUCGCCGCCUGGUGUAAAUCUGCUGGUAUUCCACUGUUAUCUGUUUACGAGAAGAGAGGCGCUCUCAAGAACCACAUGCCCUACGUGCACCGCAUCGUCAAUCGCAAACUCCAAGAAUGGUUCGGCAAAUUCCAAGCACCUGUCUUCCAUCUGCACUGUCGAGGCGAAGAGUCAAUUCAUCCGCACAACUAUAAUGUCAUCGCUGGUAGGGCUGGCGCGGAAAAGGAGCAUUUCCAGAUCCUCUUGUUGUCGGCCGAGGACGGUCGCGAGUCCAUGGUAGACUUGACUAAAGUCUUCGCUGUAAUGGCGCAGCGAUCUAAGUUAUCGGCGGCGGACAUCACGGCUGAUGUAAUCGACAAUGAGCUUACGGAGGCCGUCAUGGCGGAGCCAGAUCUACUGGUUUCCUUUUCGCCUUUCGUCGACUUGCAGGGCUAUCCUCCGUGGCAGAUAAGGUUGACGGAGAUCUACUGCAAGCCGGAUAACCAGGGGGUCGGGUAUCAGUCGCGGUGUCCCAUCAAUUCUAAUGAUUGCCAACAGGCAACCGCAAGUAAGGCCGAUAUGAACCUCUUCCGCCCCUCUACCGUCCGACCAGCCGCUGGUGUCCUCAAUCGAUCGCUAUUUGCGAGGACGAUCCCACUGGCAGCUGCCACGGUUGCUGAGAAGAAGAAUAUUGCCAAAUACCGCCAGGCACUGGCAAAGACGAAGGAGUUGCUGGCUUUAGAAAGGAUAGCGGCAAUUGCACCGCAUCCCGACCAAGCACUUGCCUCCCAAGGACAGAAAUGCCUGCUAUUGAGCCCAACAGUGAAAUCUGCACUUCCCGAAACAUGGGGUCCAAGCCUGAAAGAAGGAGUAGACAAAUCCGAGCUGGGCGUUAUACCCUUUUCUGAUGUUAUAUCCGCACUGCUGCCGCCCGAACUCCACGACGAAAUCCCCACGGGAUUCAAUGCAGCCGGCCAUGUAGCUCACCUGAAUCUUCGCGAGCAAUACCUACCUUACAAGAAGCUCAUCGGUGAGAUUCUCGUAGACAAGAAUGCACACAUUCGUACCGUCAUCAACAAGGUUGAUAACGUGGGUACGGAGUCGGAAUUCCGCACCUUCGCUUAUGAAGUCCUCGCCGGACCGGACGACAUGGAUGUCGAGGUGCGGGAGAAUGGUUGUAUAUUUCACUUUGACUACUCAAAAGUCUACUGGAAUAGUAAGCUGGAAGCCGAGCACACACGGCUCAUCAAUAUGUUUCAACCGGGCGAGGUCGUCUGCGAUGUGAUGGCAGGUAUCGGACCCUUCGCCGUACCCGCGGGCAAGAAAGGAGUAUUCGUAUGGGCCAACGACAUGAACCCAGAGAGCCAUCACUAUCUCGCAGAGUCGAUUAAACGCAAUAAGGUCGGGCAGUACGUACGUCCCUUCAAUGAAGACGGGCGUGCCUUCAUCCACCAUGCAGCAGACUCCGUCUACGCUGCUUCUAUAACCGAUGAACAUGCCGUCACACCAAGGAAAACUCGCCGCCACCGACAAGAUGCAACUGCAAAUGAGGGCUUGCUGCCGCCCCCGCAAAAGAUUCCCGUCCCGCCCACCAUCGCACACUUCGUCAUGAAUCUCCCCGCCUCCGCGUACACCUUUGUCCAUCAUUACCGCGGGCUUUACGCUAAUCGCGCGGAGCUUUUUGAGCCGCAUACGAAGACCAAGCUGCCGAUGGUCCAUGUCCACUGCUUUGCACUUAAGAGCGACGAUGACGUGCCACGCCUGGAUAUCUGUGAGCGGCUCUCCACCGAACUAGGCAUGAAGGUAGUCCCCGGUGACGGAGAGAACGCCGGUGAGGUUAGCAUUUACGACGUUAGAGACGUGGCGCCAGCGAAGCGCAUGUUCUGCGCAUCCUUUAGACUACCACACGAAGUGGCGUUUGCACCCCGAACCUAG